UUGGCAUUGCUAGCGCCAUGCUCUAUCAGUUGAGCUACCAGAACAUCCAGCUUGCUGUUUGUGUUUUGCACUGGCCUUCAACACUGAAAUCAAUCCUAAACAUUUAUAAUUAUUAUCACUUCAUUUGGUUGAUUGUGCAUGUGCAAGAGGGUGGGACUGGUUAAGAGAUCGAGGCGUCAUGUGUGUGUUUCUGUGUAGAUGUUUUUGUUUGUGUAUACAGUAUACAGUAUACUAUAUGCCAAUUGAUAGAAAGCUGCAGUCAUAUCUUCUAAGUGUGGCUCUCGGGGAGGGCCCAGGCCUGGCUGCUUGAAGUUCAUCAUACCAGGUCCUCUCAAGUUUCGCCUGUGGACACCAUUCCGAGAACACACUUUUAAAAUUAGUACAAAAACACCUUCGAGCCCUGUAUAUAGUCCACUGCUAGCAUGGCCACUCGGUCGUUAGCACAAGCAUUUUGUAAGGAGUAGUUUCAGCUUUAUACUGUUUUGCAUUAAUGAACAUUCAGCUCUUGACGGAUAAUGGAACCAUGAUAGCAGAGGAUGAAGUGGAAGGAUAUGAUGAGAUAUUCAGCCCAAAUGAGACGAGCUGGACAUGGAGUCAGACCAUGAACUACGUGGGUCAGCUGGCCGGUCAGGUGUUCGUGCAGGUGAAGGAGCUAUACAGAGGCCUGAACCCUGCAACCCUGUCUGGCUGUAUUGAUGUAAUUGUGGUGCGUCAGCCCGAUGGCACACUACAGUGCUCGCCUUUUCACGUCCGCUUCGGCAAGAUGGGAGUACUGCGCUCCCGGGAGAAAGUGGUUGACAUUGAGAUAAAUGGGGAGCCGGUCGGUUUACACAUGAAACUGGGUGAAAAUGGAGAGGCGUUCUUUGUUAAAGAAACAGAAAACGAUGAGGAGAUGCCAUCCCACUUGGCCACAUCUCCCAUCAUUUCAGAAGGCUCAGCUCUAAUGCAGGCCCAAAUGGGAAAAGGCACGUCCCAUCUUUCUGAGUCUGGAACCGGAACCUCCAUUCAAACCCUGGGCCCCACGCAAGCCUUUGGAGAGAGCUCUAUGAUGAAGAAGAGGAGAAAAAGGAGGAGGAAAUCUAAAGUGGACAUGAAGCGAGAGGAUAAUGGAGAAUUCUCAGAAGAUGAGGACAUGUUUCCCAUCGAUUUGAGUUCUGAUGAAGAAACAGAGGCUACAUGCAGUAGAGCCAUGUCACAUGAGCUAUUUGCUGAGCAGAUGAAAAGAAGCUCCACAACCACCACAUACACAAAGUCUGAAGGGAUGUGGACCGGUGUUAAGAGUGCAGGGCUGGAGAAGACAUGCUCCUUGCCAAUUCCCACCAAUGCAGGAUUAUCCAUCUCCUGUCCCCAACAGACAGCUAUGUUCCAGUCAACACACAGUCCAAAUGGCUCCUUGCCCUCAACACCCAAGAGUGAUUCGGAGCUACUGGCCAAAGGGAAACCAAACAAUCCUGAGAUGCUGUGGACAUGGGGAGAGCUGCCUCAUGCUGCCAAGCCUUCAUUCCUGCAGCCCAUGUCACAGCCCAUGGUGGUGACUCCAGCGUCAAUCCCACCACCUGCCAGCACACACUUUAGAGCCAUUACUGGAGUUGGAAUGGUGGAGUCUCAGGAUUGUGAUCUCCAUGUGUAUGUGCCAGAUCUCAGGGCUGGAGAGCGGGCAUCAGCACCUGUUGUAGAGGUGGAGGCCAUCAGCGCAGCCACUCAUCUAACCACAGAUCUAGAGGAGGGCCGCCACAGUCCUGGAGCUCAUGCCAUUAGCAAGACUGACUCUCCAUCCAAGAGAAAAGACAAAAAGAGCCAGCAUCUUGGAUCAGAUGGGGUAUACCUCGAUGAAAUCACAGAGUUGGAACCUGAGGUGGCAGCCCUGUACUUUCCUAAAAGUGAUGGAGCAACUGCAUUGGGGGGCGGGGCUGAUCCGAGGAGUGCCAAUCAAUCCCCUCAGUCAGUGGGCAGCAGUGGAAUGGACAGCGGUGUGGACAGCUUUUCUGAUCAGUUAGGAGACUUGCCUAAUAUUGCCAUCUCUCUGUGCGGAGGACUGUCAGAAAACAGAGAGAUCACUAGAGACGAAUUCGAGGAACGAGCAAUAUCCUAUCAGGAGUUUGCAGAUAACCCAUCUAUUAUUGAUGAUCCCAACCUGGUCGUAAAAAUUGGAACCAAGUAUUAUAACUGGACUACAGCUGCUCCUAUCGUACUGGCCAUGCAGGUUUUCCAGAAGCCUUUGCCAAAGUAUUCCUGUCUGAGUUAUGUCUACUCUGCUCUUGGUUUCUUCACAUACUGUUUUCCUAGCGUUUUUGGCUCUAGUCCUGCCACGGUGGAGAACAUAAUGAAGGAGAAGAUGCCCAAGAAAGGAGGACGCUGGUGGUUUUCAUGGCGGGGCAGAAACAGUAGCUCCAAGUCGGAAUCAGCAUCAGACCAGAUUGAGGGUGGAGAGCAGGCUAUAAGAACAGGCUCUGUGGGCAGGUUAAAGGAUGAAUCAUCAUCCAGUGAAGAUGACUGCGAAGCUUCUAAGCAGAAUCCUGUGAACAACCAGCCUGAAGCUCUUCUCAGCUCUGGAGGCCACUACUACAGGAAGACUCUACGUUUGUCAUCAGAACAGCUAACCAGUCUGAAUCUAAAAGAUGGCCCUAAUGAUGUGGUCUUCAGUGUCACCACCCAGUACCAGGGCACCUGCCGCUGUGAGGGCAUAAUUUAUUUGUGGAGCUGGGAUGACAAGAUAGUGAUUUCAGACAUUGAUGGCACUAUCACAAGAUCUGACACCCUGGGACACAUUUUGCCAACUCUGGGCAAAGACUGGACCCAUCAGGGCAUUGCCCGACUCUACCACAAAGUUAGCCAGAAUGGCUACAAGUUUAUGUACUGUUCAGCACGGGCAAUUGGGAUGGCUGAUAUGACCAGGGGUUACUUGCACUGGGUUAAUGAAAGAGGCACCAUGUUACCUAUGGGACCUGUGCUGCUUAGUCCCAGCAGUCUUUUCUCUGCAUUUCACAGGGAGGUCAUUGAGAAGAAGCCAGAGAAGUUUAAAGUCGAAUGUCUGACAGACAUUAAAAACUUGUUCCAUCCAAACAUGGAGCCCUUCUAUGCUGCUUUUGGAAACAGGGCAACAGAUGUUUAUUCAUAUAAAGAGGUGGGAGUGCCUUUGAACCGAAUAUUCACUGUGAAUCCUAAGGGAGAGCUCAUACAAGAACAUGCAAAGACCAACAUAUCAUCGUAUGGUCGUCUGUGUGAGGUUGUGGACCAUGUCUUCCCUCUUUUGAUCAGAGGAAACACCACCGACUUUCCCUGUUCAGACACUUUCAGUCAGUUUACCUUCUGGAGAGAGCAGUUACCAGAGGUGGCCAAGCAGGAUCAAUCUGAACAAACUGAAAGCAGCUGAAAACAUAGUCACAAAAGCUAUCAUGUCUAAGUAUUCCUCACCUACAAACUCAGCUCGAAUGCUGCACUGCCAUAAGGUUACGCACAAGCAACAUAGCACUUUGCAAAAAAAACUGCAUGCCGCCCCCUGCCUGUUCGUACAGUACAUUAUCAUUUUGGUGUGUUCUACUGGCAAGAGCCCAAAUUUACUAGCAUAUUAUGCAGCUCAUAUUAGGGAAUUUGUUUUUUUUUGAUGACUAUACAAUUAUUUUAAAGUGUAAAUGCAUUAUUCAUUACCAAGCAGACAAUUACAUUAUGCUGUCAUAUAAAAUUGUUUAAUGGCUUUGCCUAAGGAUGUUCUUACAGUAUAUGAGGGAAUACAGUUAGUACAACAGUGUUCUUUAGCAUUUAUCAUAAAGCAAACUCAGAGAAAUUUAAAAGCUUCAACAUAUUAAUUUAAAAUAUAUAUUUUUUAUUUUAAAUUUAAAAACAAACUCAGAUGUAGGUAUAAAGCCAGCACUAGCAUUUCUCAGGUGUUACAGAAUUUAUAGUCAGAUAAUCAUUUGAAACUUAAGUGACCUUUCAUAAAAUCAAAGUAUUAACUCUGUCAGUUUAAAUUUUUCUUUGAAAUCUAAAUUAUUUUACUAGUCUUUCAAUUUCCUUAAGAACAAAACACAACAAACAUGAGAGGAUAUUACUUAAGGGAAUAGUUUAAAUUCUCUGCAGAACACAAAGAAAGAUUUUUAGAAAAACAUCUCAGCUCUGUAGGUCCAUACAAUGCAAGUGAAAGGUGACUAAAACUUU